GGUGGUGGCGGCCGCCGUGCAGUCAGCCGGGCCGUGGGCGGCUGCCGCCUGUCCUGGCCGGCUGAGACGGCCUGCAGGGCCAGCCAGCGAGGAGCCGGGAGCAGCCACCUGGGGCCUGCCGUCCUGCCGUGCGCCCCCCCACCGCCCCCCCGGGCUGGGAGCUGCCUCUUAGGAGCGGGACGCAGCAGCCUGCGGGUAUGCGGAGCCCCCGGCGCUGAGGCCGCCACCGGGCAUGGAGGGCCCCGCGGAGGAGCCGGCCCCGAAGGGGAGAGGGCCCGCGGUGGCGCCCUCGGGAGGCGGCGGUGGUGGCGGCCACAAGGCCCAGAGAGUGGCCAUGAGCCCAUCGGUCGUCUGGGAGCGAGCAGGGUCCGAGGAGGCCGAGGCGCUGGUCGGAGGUGAUGCCAGUCUUCCCCCUGGGGGCUCCGGGCCGGCUGCUGGGACCCCUCCUGGCCAGAUGGGCACGUACCCCACAGACCUGACCUUGCAGCUGCUGGCCGUGCGGAGGAAGACGGGGCUGCCAGACCCCAGCCUGCAGCAGACCGUGAGGAGCCGGCUCCGCCUGUUGGAAAAUGACAGCCAGGAGGUGGCCCGUGCGCUGGGGGAGCUGUCGGCCAGGCUGCUGUCUAUCCACAGUGACCAGGAUCGGAUUGUGGUGACCUUUAAGACUUUCGAGGAAAUCUGGAAGUUCUCCACCUACCAUGCUCUUGGCUUCACUCAUCACUGCCUGGAAAAUCUACUCGUGGACCAGGCCUUCUGGCUGCUCUCACCCAACGAGGACGAGGAGACAGCCGUCCAAGUCCACGUGGACCAGGAGGCCUUGAGGCUGACGCACGAGAGCCUCCUCGCCCAGGAAGGUCCUGUCUUCGUCCUGUGUCCUGACCACCAUGUGCGAGUGAAGACCAGCCCCCGGGGUGCAGGGAGCGGCCCCUGGGCCCGCAGGCGAGCCUCGGGGGUUCCCCAGGGAGAGGCACCCUCGGCAGUGGACUCCUCCGCUCCCAGCCCCGGCACGUUCUCCGAGGAGGUGGCGGCGGCGGCCACUCCAGAAACUUUGAUUCCAUUUCAUCAAUGGGCUCUUAGGGUCCCCUGGGACCCCAUCGAUGACUCCGUAAAUGGACCUGUGACAUCGGACAUCCCACUGAUGGCCACGGGCCUGGCCACGGCGGUGGCAGACUACCAGGGCUCCGGGCCUGAAGAGAUGACCUUCCGAGGCGGCGACGUCAUCGAGGUCCUGGGCGCCCAGGUGCCUGGCCUGCCCUGGUGCCUGGGCCGGCACACGGCCUCGGGCCAGGUCGGGUUUGUGCGGACGAGUCUCGUCAGUGUGCAGGGCCAAGUGUCUGAGCUGGAAAAUGUGAUUUUUCUCAGUGAGGAAGAAAGGUCAUUCUUCAGCAAUGAAGGACGCUUUUCGGAGGAGGACGCCAGGCAGCUACUGGGGAGGGCAUCCGGCACAGACGUCUGCACGGUGUACAGCUUGGACAGAUUAGAAGAAGCCGAGUUUGGCCAGCUGGAAGAGCAAGAAGUGCCUCAGCCUUGCCUGCACCCAGAGCCACGUGAGACCCUCCAGAAGGUGAAGAAUGUUCUAGAACAAUGCAAGUCCAGCCAGGGCUGCCCCGAGGAGCCAGUGUCCUGGGGUCUGUGCACGAUGUCCAGUGGUGCAAGCUCACGGGACAGCGAGGAGCCCUCCUUCAGCUUGGAUGCGGGGGCCGACUGGGCCCACCCGGAGGCCCUGGGCUCGCUGCUGCUGUUCCUGGAUGCGCCUGGGUACAAGGCCUGCUUCCGUGGCCUGUAUGACCUCUCCCUGCCGGGGCUGAGCACCCUGUUCUGUGGCUUCAGCAAUGAGAAGGAGCUGGCCGGGCACCUGGCACAGGCCCGGGGGGCAGCCAAGAAGGCCGGCUUCCCCAUGGCGCUCGCCAGGCUCUGCUUCCUCCUGGGGAGACUGUGUGUGCGCAGGCUCAAGCUGUCCCAGGCCCGCGUGUACUUCGAGGAGGCUCUGGGGGCGCUGGGGGGCCUCUUUGGCGACCUCUUCCUGGUGGUAGCUGUGUACGCCAACCUGGCCACCGUUCACCUGAAGCAGAAGAACAGGGACAAGUGUGCGCAGGUGGUGCCCAAGGCCUUGGCCCUGCUCCUGGGGACGCCCAGCCACAUCUGCAGCACCGAGGCCGAGUCGGAGCUCCUGAGGCACGCCCUGCGCCGGGCCAUCCUCUGCCGGAGCCCCCAGGCCGAGGCCCGGGCCUGCUUCCUGCUGGCCAAGCACCACGCUCGCAUCAAGCAGCCCGAGGAGGCGCUGCCCUUCCUGGAGAGGAUGCUGCUUCUGCACGGGGCCUUGGGCUCCCCGGAGGCCUCGUGGCCCGCGGACGGCUACCUGCUCCUGGCGGACAUCUACAGCCGCCAGUGCCUGCCGCACCUGGUGCUCAGCUGCGUCAGGGUGGCCUCGCUGCGGGCCCGUGGCUCGCCGGGCAGCUCACUCCGGAGCGCGGACCUGGUCCUCCGGAACUCACCCCGGCUCCACCGGCCGCCCUCCCAGACGGCGCACUACCUCAGGCAGGCGCUGGCCUCCGUGGCCUCGGGCCCCCUGCGCGGCCCCCUCUGUGCCAGCCUGGCCCAGCUGCAUAGCCGCCACGGGCAGCAGGCCAGGGCCAUCUCCUUCAUGAUGCAGGCCAUGGAAGCGGCCGCGGGCACCAGCGGCCGCCUGGCCGUGGACUACGUGGUGGCGCUGGCCUGGUUGUACGUGCUUUGCGGCCAGAGCGCGGUGGCCCUGGACAUCCUCGAGUCCGUCCUGGACAUGGCGGUGGCCAGUGUGGACCAGGAGGGCGUGAUCGCCAACAUGGCAGCCGUGGCCCUGAGGAGGACGAGCAGGACCCGGCAGGCGGCCGAGGGCUACUACCGCGCCCUGCGAGUGGCCAGGACCCGGGGCCAGCUGCGGAACCAAGCGGUGGUCCUGGCCAAUUUCGGGGCCCUGUGCCUGCAGGCCGGAGCGGGGGGCCUGGCCCAGCACUACCACCUGGAGGCCGUGAAGCUCUUCUCGCGGCUGCCUGGCAGAGAGUGCGGCCAGGACUUCACCUGGGUGCUCCUGCGGCUGGGCCGCCUGUACACCCACAGGGCCCUUGCCCGACAGGGCAAGUGCUACUAUGAAUGGGCCUUUCUGGUUGCUGUGGAGACGGACCACGUGGAGGGCCAGCUGCGAGCCGUCCAGCGGCUCUGUCACUUCUAUAGCAGAGUCAUGCCCAGCGAGGCCCAGUGCGUCGUCUACCACGAGUUUCAGCUCUCGCUGGCCCGCAGGGUGGCCGACAAGGUGCUGGAGGGCCAGCUCCUGGAGACCAUCAGCCAGCUCUACCUGUCGCUGGGCACCGAGCGGGCCUACAAGUCCGCGCUGGACUACACCAAGCGCAGUCUGGGGAUCUUCAUCGACCUCCAGAAGAAGGAGAAGGAGGCACAUGCCUGGCUGCAGGCAGGGAAGAUCUACUACAUCCUCCAGCAGAACGAACUGGUGGAUCUGUACAUCCAGCAAGUGCUCAAUAAACAUGCAGAUGAUGUGUUCACUCAACUGACACACAGAAGAACUUGCUUCGGCAGCAUAUGGCCUGUCUCCUUAAAAAACGCAUUCAUCACAGGAGCUCCAUUUCCAGUGGCACAGAAUGCGGCCCUGUACACGGGGGACCCCAACCUGGGGCUGGAGCUGUUUGAGGCGGCUGGGGACAUCUUCUUCAACGGGACCUGGGAGCGAGAGAAAGCAGUGUCCUUCUACCGGGAUCAGGCACUGCCACUGGCCGUGACCACAGGGAACCAGGAGGUGGAGCUGCGGUUGUGCAACAAGCUGGUGGCGCUGCUGGCCGAGCUGGAGUCGCCCCACGAGGGCCUGGAGUUCGCCCACGUGGCCCUGGCGCUGAGCAUCACCCGGGGGGACCGACUGAACGAGCGAGUGGCCUACCACCGGCUGGCGGCCCUGCACCAGCGGCUGGGCCACGGUGAGCUGGCGGAGCACUUCUACCUCAAGGCUCUGUCGCUCUGCAGCUCGCCCCUGCAGUUCGAUGAGGAGACCCUGUACUACGUGAAAGUGUAUCUGGUGCUCGGUGACAUCAUCUUCUACGAUCUGAAGGACCCCUUCGACGCGGCCGGGUACUACCAGCUGGCGCUGGCCGCGGCGGUGGACCUGGGCAACAAGAAGGCCCAGAUGAAGAUCUACACGCGCCUGGCCACCAUCUACCAUAACUUCCUCCUGGACCGUGAGAAGUCCCUCUUCUUCUACCAGAAAGCCAGGACCUUUGCCACCGAGCUCAACAUCCGCAGGGUCAACCUGGCCCCAGAGCGGUGCUGGGGGCGGGCGCCCUGGCUGGCCCCCAGCGCCCUGCCCUGAGGACUGCUGUCCCCACCUCUCCUUGUGUCUCUGCGAGGCUCAUUUUCUGGGAAACGGAGGCACGGAGGUGGGGGUCACAUAGCAAUAUGUGAUUUUGCAGGAGUCUGCUCGAGCCUGCAAGGCCCCGUCCCCUGCUCUGCCUCCAGGGGAGUGUCCAGGGCCCAGGCCCCGUCCCCAGGGACCACCCUGCGGCUACACCUCGUCCGCGGCAAUAAGCUGGAAGGACUGACCCAGGCCAGGCCCCCCGGCUGGCCCCCGACACCCAGUUCCCCCAUGUCAAAGUGAAGAUGGCUGUGGGGUUCCCUGGGCAUCUUUCUUCCUUGCCCGUACCCUUGCUGUGUGUCCGGCUCUGGCUCUGACUGUAGUCCUCAAACUGCCCUCACGGGGCCUGCACGGUUGGGGCUGUUACAGUCUCCAUUUCCAGUGGAGGAGAUGGAGGCACGGAGAGGGUAGGUGCCCGGCCCACCGUCACACAGCAGGUAGGUGGGGCCGAGUACACCACCUGCCCGCCUGCCCAAGGGACACGUGUGCGGUAGGACCCAAGGGCGGGUCCGAGAAGAGGGUGUUAGCACGUCAGUGUCCCGAAGGCAACAGAGACAGGGCAAGGGGAAGGUGGCCCCAGUGCUCCCCGACCUGAGUGUCCUCUGGUCCAGCCCCACCGGGCCUGUGUGUGUGGAGCCUGCUGCUGAGCGUGUUUAAAGGCGCAUCUGGGCCGCCAGGUGCCGGACCCUCGAUUUACAGGCAGGGACACUGAGGUCCAGAAAGGCCGUGGGUCUCCUGGCUGGCUCUCACCCAUACGGCGUUAUUUGAAUCUCUUUUUCUUUAAUUUAUUUUGUUAAAUAUGGUGAAAUUUACAUAAAAUUAACCAUUUAA